GUUUCAAGUAUAAAUGCCAUAUAAUAAACGUUUUAUUAACCUCGGUAUGUAUAGAGAAAUAUCGGAGCUCGGUCUUUUUGUACAAACCUCGCCAUACGGGCCCGGUCUGUACAAAAAAUACCUCGGUCCGAUAUUUUUCCUGUACAGACCUCGCGUUCGUGUUAACAGUUAAUGUACACCCUAUAAUAUAUCCUUAGUUUUUGUGUCUAAUGAUAAAUUGCCCCUAUGCUAUCACCGGGCUUGGGGCGGGCGAUAUACAGUACGUGAAUUUUUUUCUCUUGCAGUAUUAACAGUUUCAGUGUCAGAUUUCAAAGUCGAAAAUGUCAUCGUUGGGUCCAAUGUGGAAUUCUUGUGUGUUCUCGACAAAACCUCGAUGUUGAGUGCAUUGCGGUACAGUUCAGAUCCCGCCGGCCUGACCGGAGAGUCGAGCAUGCUCGCUUUCUUCGACGACGGGCAGUUCCAAGUUGCUGAUGAAACUGACACAGGACGACGGAUUGUGGUCGAUAAUUCAUCAAGGAUUAUCUUGAAUAAUGUCACAGUUGAGGAUAGCGGUUUCUAUCAAUGUCGUAUCGAUUAUCGAAGCGGGAAAGAGGUUGAGAAGAACGUUCACUUAAGAAUAGGAGGUAUCCUUCAUAUAAUUUUAAUUUAGUCCUGUAAUAUUCAGUUGUCUAACUUUAAUUUCACCUCGUGAGUCGCGUGGAAGGAAAGUGCUCCAGUUUCCUUCUGCAACACUGGAUCAAUAAAGACCUCUAAGGAGAACAGUUUAGAAUUGAUAGAGAUACAUCCAUGGCCAGUAUAAAUAAAGUUAGUUUAGUUUAGGUUUCCUCCUGUAGUAACACUGGAUCAAUAAGAGAUGAUCCUUACAAGACCUCUAUAGGGAGAACAGUUUAAAACUGAUAGAGCUAUCCAGUAUAAAUAAAGUUGGUUUAGUUUAGGUUCCCUCCUGUAGUAACACAUACUAACACUGGACCAAUAAGAGAUUACCCGCACUGGACUUCUGGGGACAACAGUUAAGAACUGCUAUAGAGCUAUCCAGUAUAAAUAAAGUUAGUUUAGUUUAGCUGGUUCCCUCCUGUGGUAACACUGGACCAAUAAGAGAUGGACUUCUAGGGAGAACAGUUAAGAACUGAUAGAGUUGUCUAGUAUAAAUAGAGUUAGUUUAGCUUAGCUUAAUUAGGGUUUCAUACAAUGAAUAUGUGGGAUUUUCAAGACAAUGAAACGACAAUGGAACAUUCUGAUCACUGGAUCGUGACUGGAUGGCAUUAAUUAUAUUGUUAUGUCAUGUGUUAUACAAAAUUUUAUCUUGAUUCUGAAAGCUGAUAGCUUUGUGAAGUGAGUACAAUAAACUAAAUGCAAAAGUGUAUUGAUACUGGAUAGCUCUAUCAGUUCUGAACUUUCAUCCUUUAGUAACACUGGAUCAAUAAAAGAUGAUCUUUACUGGAUCUCUGUGGAGAACAGUUCAGAACUGAUAGAGCUAUCCAGUAUAAAUACACUUUUGCAUUUAGUUUAUUGUACUCACUUCACAAAGCUAUCAGCUUUCAGAAUCAAGAUAAAAUUUUGUAUAACACAUGACAUAACAAUAUAAUUAAUGCCAUCCAGUCACGAUCCAGUGAUCAGAAUGUUCCAUUGUCGUUUCAUUGUCUUGAAAAUCCCACAUAUUCAUUGUCUUCACAAGUUUGCAUAAACAUGAAAAGAUAGAACGAAUUUAAAAACUUUAAUAGGAGCGUUUUUAGACAAUAUACUGACACUUAAGCCUGGUUCACAUAUGUCUGCGAUGUGUCGGCGGGCUAUUGUCUUUACCAGUUCAACCAAAUAAUUCACAAAAGAAUGUAUGCAUCAAUAUAGCUGUAAACAAUGACGUCGCAGGCAUAUCGCAGACAUAUGUGAACCAGGCUUUAAAUUAAUAAGUUUUUAUUUUACAAGUACAGUACAACAACAGUAAUAUGAUCUGUUAGCAAUUCGAUGUUGCAUUUUUUUUAUACACCCUGUAUCUCGACAAUGAUCUCGACUGACUUUGUUUUAAGAAGCACUCUGGUUUUUGACGAUGCAUUGCUACUGAGUUUCAAUUCCUGUCAUUUUCAGUCGCACCAACAAUCGAACCGUUCUCAGACAUGGAAGUCUUAGAAGAAACGUCGUUUAAAGUUGUAUGUCAUACACAAGGUUUGCCAUCGCCCAAUGUCAACUGGGUUCAUACCAGCGCGGGGCUAGUUUCUACGAGUCGUAUAUUGGUGGUGAAGAGUAUCGAAGUAUCACAAAAUGGCGCCUAUCGUUGCAACGCUACGAACCACAUGGGAACAGCUGAACAAUCGUUGCAAAUCAAAGUGUUCCGUAAGUAUAUAUAGAGAAUAAUACAUGGGUGCGCGGAAAUACCAGAUUUAUUUCGAGUGUUGUAUAUGAUCACGAGUGAGCGCAGCGAACGAGUGAGAUAUCAUGUUCAACACGAGAAAUAAAUCUGGUAUUUCCAAGCACCCAUGUAUUUUUCUGUUUAUUAUAUAAAGGACAGUCUUUGAAAAGCGAUAAUUUGUACAGAAAAGCGAUAUUUGAAAAGCGAUAAUUUUCACAUGUGAGAUUAUCAUGAAUAAUCUCACAUGUGAGAUUAGCUCGAAAUUUCUAUAAAGCACCAUACUUUAUAUAAUAAAAGACAAUAAUGUCAUGAUAUAUGAUUUUUUCUGUGUUGGUGUAAUAUACUCAGGUGAAUAUCAGUGAUGUUUGUGAUGUUACUCUGAGUGUAUAUCCACACCGGGCGAGCUUGAAAAAUAUGCCUGGCCACGGUGGGAAUCGAACAUACGACCUUUGGAAUACUAGCCCAAUGCUCUGCCAACUGAGCUACGCGGUCAGGUCGGUUCGAAGAAAAUCGAUUACUACAUUGCAUUGAUAUCGAAGGAACUAGACUCAGUUCCGAAAUAUCACAUACUCGAACCAACCUGACCGCGUAGCUCAGUUGGCAGAGCAUUGGAUUAGCUUCCAAAGGUCGUAGGUUCGAUUCCCACCGUGGUCAGGCAUAUUUUUCAAGCUAGUCCGUUUUGUAAAAUGGUUUAACCACUCAUAUUUGAUGCAAAAUUGCGAGUGGAAUUAAAUUUACCAAAAUCAAAAAUGCUUGCAACCUGCACUAAUCUGAUUUCAACGCAUGUUAAUGGACUAAAUUAUAGACUAAAUUUUGAUCUAGACAAAAAUUUCAUCACAGUUUGAAAGAGCAUCACUAAAUUAGUAAUAUUCCAAAGUUUCGUUGCGAAAUGUUGUAAAAUGUGGAAAAUGUUGUAAAAUACAAACGGGAAAUUGAUGCCCCAACACCCGAUUGGGCUGUCAGUUUCCCGUGCGUAAUACAAAAUGACUGAAAAACGGAAAUUUUACAACAUUUCGCAACGAAACUUUGGAAUAUUACUAAUUUUGUGAUGCUCUUUCAAGCUGUGAUGAAAUUUUUGUCUAGAUCAAAAUUUAGUCUAUUAUGCAAACGGUCCAUUGAAAAUGUUUACAAAGUAAAUUACAAAUCACAAGGCAACAUGUGACGACAUUUCUACUUAUUAACACGCGUUGAAAUCAGAUUUUGUUGCAAGUUGCAGCAAUUUUGUUCUCGCGUAACUCCAGCUUUAGACAUGCGUUGCGCCAUCAUCAAGCGACUUAAAUUUGAAUCGAAAAUGAGAAUAAUUUCAAUAAUCAGACAAUAGCUUUACAUUGUACUUGCAAGUGAUGAACCAGGUGGGAAUCGUAAUCGUAGUAUAAAGAUGCCCAGCAUAACGUACGCAAAAGAGCCAUAUAGACAAUAAUAUAAUAUAAAAAUUUAUUUAAGGUUACAGAACACCUUUGAGUGUUAAUUUUGCCUAAAAUUUUUUUAUUGGUUUCCAUGAAAGCAUUAUAGACUAGUUCUACUAUCUGACCAAGUUUGAACGGAAAAUGUUGAAAACUCGCAGAGUUAUUUAGUAAAAUACAUUUCGCUGCAAUAAGAAAAACAUUGAAAAUGUAAUAUUCAAAUUCAAUUUUCUCCCGAAAAAUUUUACGGUAAUUACUGAUUUUCAAACGAGUUAUGCUCCCGCGGGUUUUAACCAAUUUUUCUCAAAUUUUCACAGGACAUAGCUAAAGACGUCAGUUUCAAAAUUGUGUUCGGCUUUUUUUAAUGUUGGAUAUUUUAAAAAUAAAGAGCAAUUUACUAAAACAAUUCAGAAAUAUAUUGCAGUUGUCAAAGAAAUCGCCAUAUCAGCGGAAUGACGAAAUAAACAAAAAUUUCCGAACACAAUUUUUUAGAACAACUAUUUUACUGUAUAAAAAUGAUAUUUUCAUAAAUAUAACUUAAAACCAGCAGGAACAUAACUCAAAAGCGUAACGGUACCGCGAUUUAAUAUUUUCCUGAAUAAUUCUUACAUUAUUUUAUUGUUUGUUAAUUUUACAACUUUACCAUAUUUUGCAUGCACUGGAGAACAUUUGGUGAAAAUUUGAUGAAAAUCGGACUGAUAUUGAGCGCGCAGUAGCGAUUUUCCGCAAAACGCCAAAAAAGGUGUCCUGUAACCUUAAGAAGUACUAUAACGUUUCGUCUUUAACCUAAGACAUCUUCAGAGUAAAUGAAUAUAGUAAUUUAUUCAUAUUUCAGUGUAACUCAUUGUCAUACUAUAUUCAUUUACUCUGAAUUUAAGAUGUCUUAGGUUAAAGACGAAACGUUAGUACUUCUUAAAUAAAUUUUUAUAUUAUAUUAUUGUCUAUGUGGCUCUUUUGCGUACGUUAUGCUGGGCAUUAAUCUUUAUACUAGCUUUACAUUGCUUUACAUGCGAUUUCGAGCGGCAUUUUAAUUAAAGUCGCAUUCUAUUUUUGAUCGCAAUUAUGAUAUAUACAAGAAAGUAAUUCGACAGCUAAAAGCCCGAUCUUCAUUGGUAUGAAAAAGUGAAUAGAUAAACAUAAUAUUUUAAGUAAUGAUGCUUGUGAUGUUAGUCUGAGUGUAUAUCUACACCGGGCAAGCUUGAAAAAUAUGCCUGGCCACGGUGGGAUUCGAACCUACGACCUUUGGAAUACUAGCCCAAUGCUCUGCCAACUGAGCUAGGCGGUCAGGUCGUAGGUCGUAGGUUCGAUUCCCGCCGUGGCCGGGCAUAUUUUUCAAGCUUGUCCGGUGUGCCACACACUCAGAGUAACAUCACAAACAUCAUAUGCACCUGAGUACACAACACCAACACAGCAAAUCAUUUUAAGUAUAUGCGGACUAGACUAGAUUAUGACUAUGCGGACUAGACUAGAUUUCAAGUCCUCGCAUUUUGAUCCAUUCCUCGGCCCCUUUUGAGUGAAAUUUUGAUCUUGACAAGUCUGGACAAAAAUUUCAUCACAGCUUGAAAGAGCAUCGCAAAAUUAGUAAUAUUCUGAAGUUUCGUUGCGAAAUGUUGUAAAAUGCGGAUAAUAUAGCCCUGCGAAGUUUGCCGUUUUUCAGUCCUUUUGUAUUACAAACGGGAAAUUGAUAAUCAGUUUGAUCAUCUGAUUAUCAAUUUCCCGUUUGUAAUACAAAAUGACUGAAAAAUGGCAAACUUCGCAAGGCUAUAUUAUCCACAUUUUACAACAUUUCGCAACGAAACUUCGGAUUACUACUAAUUUUGUGAUGCUCUUUCAAGCUGUGAUGAAAUUGUUGUCCAGGCAUAUCUAGAUCAAAAUUUCACUCAUAAGGGGAAAGGUCUAUCAGGCUCAUGAAUUAUUAAUGAGUUUGAGAUUCUUCUAUACCUCUUUUUUAUACACCCUGGUCCCUGUAAUAUUUAUUUUACCUCUAGGAAAACCUAGCGUACGAGAAUUCUACCAUGUUGGAACACUGAACGGGGUCGUUUGGCAAUGCGAGGAUGUGAAAUUGAUCUGUGAAAUGGCGCCAAAUCAUUCUCUCCGUGUUCGCAACUACAGAUUGUAUCAGAACGACAGAUUGAUCACAGAACAAAGGGACUCAGGGGUGUUUAGCAUAUCACGUGUUGCCUUGAACCGCGACGGAAUUUAUGCGUGCGUCCCUGAGACGCGCCUGGGACUGGGCAGGAAUAAAACGUUAAGACUCCGUGUGAAAGGUGAGGACAUUAUAUCCACUGAUGUGAAGUAAGGUCUGGAUAGGGAAUCCUAUUGAAUUCAGUAACACGAUUCUGAAGCCAGAAUAUUUUAAUGAGAUGAGAUUUAUAAAUCAGUCAAAUCCAUGAUAUUCAUUAAACUGUGUGCAAAAUCAAUAAAUUGACAAGUUUACGCGCAAAUUGAAAGUAAUUCGUUGUCUAAUUUCAGCUGCUCCCAAACUUUGCAACGACAUUUCAACAUCUUCAUUUAAUUUUUCAAGCAAUACAUCGUCGACAGGUACGGAAUUUGUGUUUUCUAUUAUUAUAAUAGUUCAACAUUUUGUGGGUCAUAGCGUUUAUGCAUGCAUAAAUUAUACCACGAUUGCCCAUUAUUGCCCAUUACGCAUUCAGGGUUAAUUUACUCUGCGCGACAACGCAAAGCAAACUUUUCCUAAUGUCUCAUGCAAUUUUCACUCAAAUUGAACAAAAAUUUAAUCAGUUUGCCCUUAGGCAACGUCCAUUAGUCUUAGAAAUUUUCGUAUUAAAACGUUUGAUAUUUUUUAAGCGGUUAUCGCGCUGACAGAGAAACGAACACACACCGCAAACGCGAGACCGUUUUACGUUUAUUUACAUACUUUGUCUUUCCGUGUAGCUAAGCCAGUAUCGCUUGCUCAACCGAAAGAAGCUGGUCGUAGCGGUUUCGCGAAGGGAAACGCCGGUUUAAACGCGUCUUUUAUUCUCAUUUUGUCGUGGUUGUUUUUGUCUCUGAUUGUGUAGUCUGUCUAUAAAAGUUUGAUUUCCAUUUGGUCAUAAAAAUAGGGUCACGAUCUUUCUCAACGGCCAGUUUAUAAUAGUUUAUACCUGUAAACCACAUUUAAAUCAUAAGUAUUCUCUUGUUAUAAUCACUCCGCGUAUUUUCAGUUCUAAAAUGUUGUAUUUCGGCUGAUGAGAAAGACCGUGACUCAAUCUUUACGACCGUUACGACCAUAUGGAAACCAGGCUUAAACAGACGCAGUGACAAUUAUCAAUGUGCUUUCUUAAUUUGUAAACGUGGACAUAAAUGUUGAACUUUGGAACGGAACUUUAAUUAAAAUAAACCUAUAUAUAUACCAAAUAAUAUAGCUGCUGUUAAAAUUGCUAUGUCUAUAUAUAACAUGAUAAAUUUAAUAGAAUUAAUCAAGCCUAGUAAAUAGUUUAAAGUAACCUAAUAUGCUGACUAUAUUACCUUUAUUGUCUUAAUAAUCUAUAAAUGAUGUCCGGAUUACUGAAUUCUGCCUUAUUUCGGCUCGAGGUCAUUUUUCUUCUGUCGCAAGUCACUGAUUUACUGAACUAUUUAAUAUAUAUAACGAUUUAUUUUUAAAAUAAAGACCAUUUCAAGUCCGUAUAAAUGCAAACAAAUCCUUUGUUUACAUUUUGAACUGCUAUAAUUGUAAAAUAAGACAUACUAACUGAAUAUCUAACACUUUUCUAGUUCGCUAUUGUAAAUGCAUAUAAACUAUGAGUACGUUUCAAUUCAAGAAAGUUCGAAAGAUGCAAAAUUUGGGCAAUGUUUAUAUCCGCGGGUCCCCCUUCGUUACGAGCAGAACUGAUGCGCAGAACGGACUUGACAUUAGAGAUGUGCGUCGGAUCGGAUUGACCUCUUUGAAUCCAAUGGUUUGUCUAAGUUCUCAAUCCGAAUCCGAUCCGAAGAUGAAAAAAGCAAUCCGAUCCGAUCCGAAAAAUUGUUUAUAAAAUCCGAUCCGAUGCUAAAAUUCGUAAUCCGAUGCGAUCCGAACUUAAGUUAUUAUAUACAGCGUGCGUUAAUUAAUUAUUCGGUGUAUGAACGUAUUUUUUCAUGAUCAUAAACGAUAUAUUGGAAAUAAUGAAUUUCCAGCAAAAAUAAGCAGAUACGAAUCCGAUAAAAAUUGCAGCGCAGUAUCACAUAAUUAUGCCUUUAAUAUACAGUUAAACGACUCAAUCACAUAGUUAUUAUAACAAUGCUGGGUUUACAAUUUAAAACAUCUUACAGUCGUGCCCAUAGAAGCGUUCCGAAAAAUGUUGACCAAUUCAUUUCCUAACUUGAAGGAACAACUCUGAACAGUUCCUCAACAAUUUGAUAAGUUCCUUAAAAAGUUCCUAACUUCCUGUUUCAUUGACCAAUCAAAUUUGAUAUUUUAUUUUUGAGCAAUCUGAUUGGUCAAUGAAGCAGAAAGUUAGGAACUUUUUAAGGAACUUAUCAAAUUGUUGAGGAAUUGUUCAGAGGUGUUCCGAGUUCAAGUUAGGAAAUGAAUUGGUCAACAUUUUUCGGAACGCUUUUAUUGGCACGACUGUAAUGUUUAUCACUAAUAAAUCUCAUUGACAUUGUCAGUGCUUCAUGACACAUAAACCUGACAAACUAAACAAAGAAUCACGACAUUUCUAUAUCCCAAUUCCCAUACGUAACCGAUUUAAGAAGAAUCCACAUAACGCCAGUGUUUCUUUUUGUCAGAAAUAUCAAAACACUUUUUUACUUUAUUGUCAUCACUCGGCAUUAUAUAGUAUUACUCCGCUUCGACCAACUUACUCCGCUUACUCGACUCCAAAGCCUUCCAGGCACUUCCUGCUAUAGAACCAUCUUAAUUUGUUAAAAUAUUCGAGUAAUUCGACGCAAUACAAGAAAAAACCCAAAUCCGAUCCGACAAAAAACCCACAAAAUCCGAUCCGAUAAUAAAAAAAAGAAAUCCGAUCCGAGUGAAUUACUGUCCGAAUCCGAUCGGAUCGGAUUCGGACUCGUAUCGGAUUCGCACACAUAAUUUACAAAGCUUUGUGGAUCAUUUCAUGUUUUUAUUGAUAUUUUGGAAAUUGUAGCGUAUAAGAGGCCAGUAAAUAAUUUUGAAGCCUUUUAUACGCUACAAUUUCCAAAAUAUCAAUAAAAACAUGAAAUGAUCCACAAAGCUUUGUAAAUUAUAUAUCAAAAUGUUGCCAAAGACGAGAUAAACACGAAUAUAACAGUUACAUUUACAAAUGAUAAACAACGGACAAGAAAACAGCGGACAAAAACCACUAGACUUCACUUAGUAACAUUGACAUUGACCGUUAGAAACGUGUAUGUUUCAACGGGAAAACAAUUACCGGAAAUUAAAGCGCUGAAACGGUAAAUCGAAAUCCGCAGUAUAUCCGCACUAUAUCCCCCUUCGUUACGAGCAGAACUGAUGCGCAGAACGGACUUGACAUGGUCUUUAAACCUUUUGUAACCACUUUUCAAUAGUCCGUAUCUGAUCAGGCCCAUCGCAUCUAUCAACAGGCAACCCAUUACGUCCUUGUGGAUCCUGUGAAACCUUCAAACAUAUCCUACAAUACAGCGGUAUCCCGUCCCACCACUGUCCUAUCGCCGAUUUAUAGUACUCCUUUGGGAAUUGGAAACCUUCAAACUUCCACUUUAAGUAUUUAUUAUACUCGGUUUCGUUUUUAGCCAGCUUGGCUAGAUACUCGGCUAAAGCCUUCGGUGAACUAAAAUUCUUCACUUUAAUAAUGGAAUGUUUAAGAUUACCCCAACGCAACACUUCGUCAAUUCCAUCCGUUCCAAGCCAUAUCGGAACACUCCCAGCCGACAGAGCGCUGUAGAUUUUUUCAGUCAUAUAAAAAUCACAAUCCGCAUUCGGAAACACUAUACUGAAUUUAUAGUUCCUUUGCGUUUCUGUGACAGAAUGUCUAGAAGUCUUUUUGCCAUUCCGCAUUAGGCCAUGUUUAUUUCCUAAGCAUCUUCCAUACGAAUCAACUUUUAUAUAUUUCAUAAGCUCUGCAAGAUAGCGUGUCCGGACCCGUUCGCAAUGAGAGAAGACUGCAAUAAUUAAGCCAUUCUUCUGUGCAAACGGCACAGGUGGUUCUAAUAUUGGCUUUACAAACUCUGGACAAGGAAAAUCCGAAUCUAAGCGGUAGCUGGCCAAAUAAUUGAACUGCUUCAUGAAGUUUGGAUCCCGGAGUGAUGGUGUGAACCUGGGAUUCUCGUUCGUGUGUAAAAUCCAAGUUAAAUUUUGGUAAAUUUUUGGUGGGAUUUCGUGUGUGUUUCUGGAGUGAACAACGAGCGCCGAGGCUUCUUCCACUCGCUUUUUGUCCGCUGUAAGUUCGCAUGGAAUCGGGCAAUUGUUACCAGCAUAAAAGAAUGGCCAAGCGUCGGGGUUUGAAUUAACUUUUGGUGUACCCUUGUACACUUUGGUCCAAUAUAGAAUCACGACUUUUCUUGUCAUGCUCUCAUUGAUUUCAUCGCUUUGUUCUCUUUUUGUUAAGUCCUUGCUUUCAUCUCUAAAAUUUGUUUCAUUAUUGUUGACUGUCAUGAUAAAAGUAAAAAGAAGAAUACCGAUGAAAGUUAGGAUCACCAUACCGUAAAAUGUUACUUUAAGCGCAGACGGUGUCGUACUUUGCAUUGUGGAAACCUUCAAUUAGCUCCCCUUACAUAUAAAUAUACGCAUAGCUCAUUAGACCAUGCAAUUCCUUGCUAAUUGGAAGUCAUCACGUUUGCGUUUUGAUUAAGUUAAACAUUAAAGUUCGAUUCUUCAAUUCGUGUC